AUGCGCUACCCGGCCCUGCGGGAGGAAUUCCUGACGUCCAUCGAAGCCAAUAAAGCUGCCAUUGAGGAAAUGAUUCGGCUUCAACUGGGAGUUCGAUCGUGUCGCCUGAGUGUCAGAGAGGUCUGGAGAUCCGGCAGUUUCAACGUUGCCAUUCCAAUACGCCUGUCCAAGAUGCGAACCGUCUUCCUCCGCCUCCCCUUUCCGUAUCGCAUUGGCGAAGACCAGUGCCCGGGAAACGCCGAAGAAAAGCUCCGUACAGAGAUUGCUGCCUAUCUAUGGCUACAGGAACACUGUCCUGACGUCCCAAUCCCUGUUUUACAUGCCUUUGGGUUGCCCGAUGGAUCAACGUUCACACACCCAUCCAACACCCCUUUCUGGGAAAGAUCUUGGUGGAACAUCAAGCGCCUGAUUUUCUCUCUUCUUGCACGCCCAGUACCCGUUCGUCAUGUUCGACGAUCUAUCCGUCACUCGCUGGGCCCUGGCUUUCUUCUCAUCAGUGAGGCACGCGGCAAGAGGCUCUCCAUGACUUGGCCGGAGCACUGCCAUGACAAGGCCUAUCGAGAGAGGUUGUUCCAUGGUCUGGCACGCAUCUCGCUAUCGCUUAAUACAACCCCCUUACCACGCAUUGGGUCCUUGCUGCUCCGGACGGACGGGUCGAUUGCCCUAUGUAACCGGCCACUGAGCCUUUACUUCCAGAUGCUCGAGAACGAGGGAAUUCCGUCGGGUGUUCCACGCCAUCGUACGUACGCCGAAGUGGAAUCGUAUCUCUCGGAUCUCCUCUCCCUCCAGGAUAACAAGAUCCGGAACCAACCCAACGCGGCCCACUGCCAGGAAGACGGCCGAAUGCAGCUCGCCGCUCUCACUGCGCUGCGGGCCACCAUGCACCACUUUAUCCGCCCCGAGUUCCGCGACGGCCCCUUUUUCUUUACGCUGACCGACCUGCAUCAGCAAAACAUCUUUGUCGACGAAGACUGGAAUAUCCAAACCGUCAUCGAUAUGGAGUGGGCACAUACCAUGCCUCUGGAAAUGCAGCUGCCACCCUACUGGCUUACGUCGAGGCCAGUCGACGGCUUCCAGGACCGCGACGCCGUUGCCGAGUAUGAGGCUGUCCUAGAAGAAUAUAUCGCCAUCUACGAGGCCGAAGAGAGGCGGUGUAACGGCUCGGUUGUCCAGGCAUCAGUCCAGCGCGAUGUGUGGCAAAGGGGCAGCUUUUGGUACUUCCACGCCGUCUCGGUACCGAAGGGCAUGUACACUCUAUUUAAUAGGCACAUCCAACCGCUCUUCAACCAGGACCAUCCUGGCCUGAAGGUUUUUGACGACGUCUUCUAUUGGUACUGGGGAUUCGGCGCGCAGGACCUGAUAGACAAUAAGCUCAGGGACAAGGAAGACUAUAUAGCAAGGCAUAUCUCCAAAAUGAAAUCCAAGCCCUGGUUCAGCUUGGCCUUCAACAUCAUGGGGAAAGGCGACCAGAAAAAGAAGCACCGCAAAGAUGCUGGCUCUGCCCAGGAGCCGCAAAUGGAACAACAACUUUGGGAGAUCAAUGAAGUCAUAAUCAACGGAAACUACACUCUCGGAGAGGCGGAAGGCGGUCAAGUCUAUUACAAUUUGUUCACAAGGAGACAGGAUUUGCCCACAAGCUUCUGGAGAGAUGCCUUGGAGCAACGGGCACACGCUGAGAGGCUGGCGCAGUCUUCAGGGAACAUAGCCCAGCAAGCCCGAGGAGCAAGCGGUGCGCAGCUGCUCUCCCAGCAGAUUGCCAGGGAUCCGAACAUGGGCUUGCUGAACUCGUCCGCCGAAGCUUCGCAAAAUGCGCGCAAGAAGAAGAAGAAAUGA